AGCUACCUUUCGUAUGGAGCAGAAGUCUACCCCCACCAUUUUCACCAAGUUCCAGGCUCAUCUCGUCUCAUUUUCACCUCACCUGCGCCAUUUUGAAGGUCCCAGCUGUAUCAUCGCGACUCAUCGAUCAGGAUCGAUAUGGAUAUCGAUCCCCCCACCAUCGACUGCUGUGACAGCUGAACUUCAGGUACGAACUUCUUCACCAGUUAGCCAUGGAUCCCUCAGGACUAUGUUCCAACCACUCUUUUGAUCUUCUUCUUUUGAACUAUGUAGUACCGAAUGGAGUAGCGCAUCGAUGAGCCGGGCUGAUUUCUUUCCGGUGGGAGAGUCAGUAUGGAGUCCAAACAAUAUUACAUUAGAGUCAGCAAUAUGGAGUAACAAUCAGCAUUUUGAAUACGAAGGAAGAUCCAUAUAGAAGAGGUCUAUAGAGAUCGCAACAAACGAUGACCUCUUUAUGAUCCCACCUGAACCAAUACAGUGUAUGUCCUGCAAAACAAUUUAUAAGACGUAUUUAAAAGAUUAUAUGACAGACGAAGUAAUCUUUUACAAUAAAUGCUCAGACUGCCAGAUCAAGGAAGAAGUUAUUGACGAAAUACUUCUUUCAGAUUUUAAAUUUAGCUUAGCUAGACUCGAGAAGGAGAUGCAGGAAAUCAAGAAGUGGAUGUGGGACGUGCUGUGCAAAGCAAGACAUAGUAGGCCCCUCUACGACAGGAGAGAUAGUGCGUGCGCUGCGUCGUGGUGUAAAAGUGAGGGCGUGACUAACUAUAAAGUGCAGUGCCACAUUUUCUCGAAGCAGUUCCACACCUACUGCCUCGGCCUCACAACUUAUGAUUUCCAAACUUUAAGAUGCAACGAUUGCAUGGAAGACCCAUCAUCGAGUUCUUCGAAACCAAAAGUGCGCGCAUUUCCUCAGUCCAGAAACUUGAAAAAGGUGAUUGUAAACAAGAGACCAAGCCUCAUCCAUAAAUGUGAAAGAAAAAAAUAUCAAUAGCUCGAGUUUUCCCAACAUCACCAUAUAUGACUGAAGGUAUCGAUAACCAAAGAUAUAGGGUGGAGUGUAGUAUUUGCUCGAAGGAAGUCCACAGUCGCUGUGUCUGUGUCCCUAAACUUAAUACACGAUAUUUCCGAUGCGAUGAAUGCAGGCCAGAGAAGCGAAUAUUAUGGUAUUGGAGGAAAGAUGGUAGUUAUCAACUUGAAUAUUGCCCCCCUUAAUAUGUUUUUACUAUUAUUCAGUAUUUAUCAUAUACUUGUAACUACAUAUACUUGUUAAUAUGUAAAAGUUUAUACACUUAAUUAUUUUGUUUCUUAUAUUUAUAUAUUUGUUUUUGUUAAAAUCUUUCCAUUGAAAACUACUGUUGUUUGUAUAAUUUAAAAAAAAAAAAUCAAAUUUUAUUUUAAUAUUUAAUAUUCUCAAUGUGAAACCUCAUGAGCACAAAAUAUUUUGAUUGAGUUAUUUUAUUUAUACCUAGAUUUUGUGAAAAACAAUUAUUACGAAUAUUUUUUACUCGAGAGCAUUAUAGUACUCAUUUU